UCUUGUGGCAAUCGGUUUAUACUUAAUCUUGCUCCUACACUCGCUGCUCUUGCUCUCGCUAAAAUUCUAUUGAAUUCAUUUAAAAUCGUACGUAAAGUAACGCAUACGGAUGUUUUUUGUAUUAGAUGCAGAUUGAUUCCGUUCAAAAUAUUUUGAUUUUACGUGCAUGUUUUUUUAUUUUGUAACGACCACUUUAUUGUCUAUGAAAAAAUUAAGUUUUAUGAGGCAUUAAAAAACCAUUGUAAACAAAAAUUCGAGAAAAAAAUCAAAUACAUAUUUGUUAAAAUAAAAAAAAAAAAAAUAUUUUGUAAAUAACGAAUGUUUAAAAUAUAAUUAAUAUUAAUUUGAAUUAAUAUUUGUGUAAAAGUGUCGUGUUUAUAUUUUGGGAAUAUUUAAAUUCCAAUACUUUUUGCUAAUAAAAUGGAUCCAAAUGCUGAUGUGGAACAAUCUGGUGAAAAUGUUCUUGGGUAUGAACAACCCAAUAAUGAUUACAGUGCAAUGCUAGAUGACGUUCUUAGUACCAUAACAGACACAAUGUAUAACCCACCGUCUGUAUCAUCCACCUCAUCAGCAUCCUCGUCACCCACUUUCACACAUAUGUCACAGCCCAGUAUACCGAAUUUGGAAGGGGUUCGUCUCAAAAUUGUGGAGCAACCUGCACUAAAGGGUCUUCGUUUCCGAUACAUAUGCGAAGGACGUUCGGCUGGGUCUAUACCGGGCGUUCACUCAACGCCCGAGAACAAAACAUUUCCCACAAUUGAAGUAGAAGGCUACGAGGGAAGAGUUAAAGUUGUUGUUUCAUGUGUUACCAAAGAUGAACCCUAUCGACCACAUCCCCAUAAUUUAGUUGGUAAAGAGGGCUGCGAAUACGGUGUAUGUCUGACGACCAUUAAUGGGCCACCGAUGAGAGCAGUUUUCAGCAACUUGGGAAUACAGUGUGUUAAAAAGAAAGACAUAAAAGCAGCACUUGAGGAGCGGGAAAGAAAACGUAUUGACCCGUUCAAAACGGGUUUUGCUCACAAAGAUCAACCAUCAUCUAUAGAUCUCAAUGUUGUACGUUUGUGCUUUCAAGCCUUCAUACCAAUACCCGGAGUAAGAAAACCGUAUCCAAUACCGCCAGUGGUCUCAGAUCCCAUCCAUGAUAAAAAGUCUAUAAACGAUUUAGUUAUCUGUCGUUUGUGUAGCUGUGCGGCCAAAGUGACAGGCGGAGACACAAUCAUUCUGUUGUGUGAGAAAGUGCCCAAAGAUGAUAUUAAAAUUCGAUUUUUCGAAUUGAGAAACAAUGAAGUCUUCUGGGAAGACUUUGCACAAUUUCAACCGACCGACGUCCAUAAACAAGCCGCUAUUACCUUUAAAACUCCCCGCUACAUCAACCCCGAUGUAAAGCACAGUGUGCAGGUAUACAUACAAUUGUACCGACCUUCAGAUGGAGAAACAAGCGAAGCUUUGCAGUUCGAAUUUCAUCCCGAUCUAGGUAUGCGAACAUUUCCGCGUAUACAGCGCAAACUGAAACAUAGACAGGACAUGGAAAUAUUCCAGCAAAUACUAUCCAUAGACAGUGAAACUACUGCGACCAAGUAUUCAGUGCCCUCCUUGGCGGAUGCAGGUGAUAAUGACAAUGAUAACGAUGAUACUGUUACCAGUGACAGCUCUGCUAGUAAACCUCUCAGUUCCGACACAUUAAAUGAGCAUGACGAGGCACGGAAACGGCAAAAGCAAAGUUUUGACGAUGACAAUGACGGCGAUGAUGACGACGACGACGAUAAUGACAAUGACGACACUGACAAUUACAACUACAUUGAACGUACCAACGGUGAUGUGGAAAUUGAAUUACCAGUUCCACAAAUCACUUUUCCGACCAUGGAUGAUGCCACACAAACUUCGACACCGAUUGAAGAGAUUUUAGGGGAUAGGGAAAUAGAUUCACGUGAAUUAACGACUGUAGACAAAAUCACAGAAUGGAUGCAAUCCAAUGAAUUCGAACGUACCGACAGUCUUAUAGUUGAAAAUGGCGACAUUUUAUCUUUGAGUGGAACUACUGAGACGGUUAAAGGUGUAAUAGUUACAAGCCUAGAUACAAUUUCCAUAACGGACGACAAUCGUAUGAACACAGACCUCAUCGAGCAGGACAUAGAACUAGAUGACAAAUUUUGUUUGGAAUUACUAGCAAAGCGUAAUAUUGCUGACCAGCUGCAGGGAGACUAUAGUCGAGAUCUGGCCGAUGAUGUUGAACAUUUAAAUUGUUCCGCUAGUGCGCAAGUAUCGGUCGAUAUCGAUGAGAACUUUGACGAAACCGCUACUUACACUAGUCUUCAGAUUGCUCUCAAGAACCCUAUUGAGAUUCCCAACGAAAACUCGUUAUUAAAAGCUCAACGACAAACAAAUACUGAGAAUAAAAAAUCAUUCAGAAAUCAAGAAAAUGAUUUAGUUGUUUUGAAAAAUCCACCGGCCCCAAGAAUAAAACUAAGCGCUGCUCAAACGCCACAAACCCCGCCAUCUCCACCUUUACCAUUGCCACCCAGAACUCCUUCACCUAUUGGAGAACAAUUUCUGCCUCCAUUGCCUCCUAAGCGCAAACCUUCCCAAGAAUUAUGGGCGGGCGUAAACACUGAUACUUCGCCUUGCAAUAGUACAGCCAAUAGUAGUCGCAAUGGUAGCAUUUCCUCACGUCCGCCCUCACAAAUUAUUAUCAUGCGAACUCCCGAUCAGAGUCCUACCAAACGAUCGGCCACAUCAACACCAUCGCCCAAGAAAAAGCAAGGUUUCUUUUCACGCUUGUUCUCGCGCAAAAAGAGUAAACCCGAUGCCUCAGCUUCGGGAGAUGAAUCCAAUUCGAAAGCGACUACCCCAAACCAAAGUCGUGAACCCAGCAUUGGCAACUUUUCAAUGAAUGACAACAAUCGUGCUUCUAUACGUUCGGUAAAAUCAUUGCAACCAAAUUCCAUGGGACUUGAGCCCAAAUGCAAUGAUAAAACUGGAAAAGCUGUAGGUCGUAGUGCCAGUAGUGUUUCGGGAAAACGUCCUGCUCAACGUAAUGCCGAUGUUAUUCAUAUACCCCUAAAGGGUGACAGCUCGGAAACUUUGGGUAAAAAGGAAAGAUCUCAUUCUAGUUCCUGUACUUUAAGAUACGAUGGUGGUCUCUUGGAUCGCAAGACUUUAAGUGCAUUACAAUUGGCCGAUAUACCCAUAUCGGAUGGAAAUAUGGAACUUAUAGCCAUUGCCGAUCGUCAAAGUAUUAAGAAUUUAUGCGAAGGAGCUUAUGGUGUGGUGCUUGAUGCGGGUGUAGAUCUUUCAGAGGCUGAACACUUUGCCCUCUAUACAAGUUUGCCAUCACAAUGUGAUGAUCCCUGUGAUGAAAAUGUUUUCACUAAUCAACCGGUUUUAACACCCGAAGAAGUGGCGAUGCGUUUAGCAGCUGCUAAUGGUCUGCAUUGAGAUAUGAAAACAAAAGUUUUAAAAAAAACAUUUACUUUGCCAUGUGUAAUAAAGGUUGCUAUUUAAAAUUACAUUUGAUCUGGGUUAAUUGUUGGUAUUGUCUUAUUUACAACAUAGACUUUCCAAAUAUCCGCAAUAUUUUCUUAAAUUCAAAUCAAACAACAAUGAAUUAAAUUGACUCUGAAUAUUUAAGAGUUUAGUGACAAUCUUUUGCAGUGCGAUUUUUGACUUGACUUAAUAUUCUCUCUAUCCAUAAUUUUUAAUGAUUUUAAUCUAAAUUAUUCGAAAACUAAACCAGUAUUAUUCAUACACAGUAAUGGGUGUAUGCAAUCGAAAUAAUUCUAGUCAAGUGAACAAAUUAGUUUUAAAUAUUUUUAAUUUUUUUUUUUAUUUUUUGUUUUUA